AUGACGGAGCUAUCGAUAAAAGAACUAAAGGCGCUUCUGGAUGAGAAUGAUCUGGACCUGAGCAUGCGUCAGCUUACAGUUAUCCCUGCAAAAGCUCUGAAAUCGGGGCCGACAGACGUUAUAGAAUCGGAGGCGGACGGGCAUUGUGGAAAAGGACUUGGUGCCGCUUCUCGACUGAGGCCCGGAGUGGAAGUAGCGAGGAACUUUUUAUGGGAUGUUGGAAAAUAUCUUAGCGCCUUUCGGUGGCCUAGUGUGAAUAGCGUUAAGAAAAUCCUGAGAAAAUUGGAUGUGGAUUACGCAUGA